GUCGUUUGGAGACCAAGGAACACCAGUGCAGCGUCGCGAAUCUCGAAGAUGCUGCCCACGGGCUGGUCUAGGAUGGCACAGAGCCUGCACAGUCCUGCACUGUUCUCCUUCCGAGGACUGCACCCAGCCAGUGCAAAGCCUGUCAUUACCACCAAUAUCCGGCAGCAGCUCCAUGCUACCUUACAGGCCAGGUUUUCUGCUGCAAGAUUUCCCGGCAUUUCCGGGCUACGCGGCGGGAUAUGGUCGCAGAGACGACCUCUCUCUAGCCUCACAGGCCGGAGACAGCUCUUCGAUCCCCGUUUCUUCUCGUCCAACGCGUCCCAAACGACUGCAGUCCCCGCGGAGCUUCCCGUCCUUUCGCCGCCCACCGUGGGCAUCUGGCUCCUUGCGUCCUCUGCAUUGGUCUUCGCGGUAAUCGUCGUCGGUGGCGUCACCCGUCUAACGGAGUCCGGCUUGAGUAUCACGGAAUGGAAGCCCGUAACUGGAGUGUUACCUCCUCUGUCCCAGGCGCAGUGGGAGGAGGAAUUUAGCAAGUAUAAACAGACCCCUGAAUUCAAGCUUAUGAACCAUUCUAUGAACCUCGAAGAGUUCAAGCAAAUCUUCUACAUGGAAUGGGGUCACCGUGUCCUCGGUCGUAUCAUCGGUUUGGUUUUCGUUCUCCCACUGGGUUACUUCGCUCUCCGGAAGCGUCUCACCGCUACCAUGCCGAAAAACCUGUUUGGCAUGGCGCUGCUCCUCGGGGCGCAAGGUGCUCUAGGAUGGUACAUGGUUAAAUCCGGUCUGGAAGACUCACUCAUGGAGACCCCAGGAGCUGUUCCCCGCGUUUCGCAGUACAGGCUUGCGGCCCACUUGGGCGCAGCGUUCGUGUUGUAUGCGGGCAUGUUCUACACUGGCAUUGCGACUCUCAUGGACUGGAGGUACGCCAAGACUGGGGCGUGGGCUGGUCUCAAAGGCAGCGACAUGCAGUGGAAGGCCAUCCUGGAGACUCCGCUCGUCAGACGGUUUGCCAGGUACUCGAAGGCUUUGACUGCCCUGGUAUUUCUUACGGCUCUCUCAGGUGCAUUCGUCGCUGGCUUGGAUGCCGGCUUGCUUUACAACGAGUUCCCGCUCAUGGGCGGUCGCCUCGCUCCGCCAGCUGACGAACUAUUCGCACCGGAGUACGCCAAAGCCACGGACAAGUCUGAUAUCUGGUGGCGCAACAUCUUCGAGAAUCCGACUACUGUGCAAUUCGACCACCGUUGCCUGGCUAUCACCACAUACGCAUGCACAACUUUAAUGUUCCUUGCGACGCGCCGUCCCGCGUUUAGAGCGACUUUGCCGCCUUUGACCCGCAAGAUGGCUACCUCCGCAUUUGCCAUGGCCAAUCUCCAGGUCUUGCUGGGUAUAUCAACCCUACUCUACCUUGUCCCGGUCCCACUCGCGGCCCUGCAUCAAGCGGGCAGCGUCGCCCUGCUUACCACGCUCGUCCACCUGGUCGUCUCGCUCCGGAGACCCGGAGCAGCUGCUAGAGUGUGGCGUCAAGCCAUGAGAACGAGGCAAGCGACCCCGGCAUCCAAAGCAUAAUCUGGUGGAUCAGCCGCCAUACAGAACAUCACCUCUCAGCCUUCUCAUCCACUAUUUAUCGGAUAGAGACCGUGCCUCUGGUCGCAUCAAAAGGGCAGACUAAUACAAAUAUCAUGGAUUCCCGCAAACAGUACAGUACAAGAGGUAGCGGUUUUAGUCUUCGGUCAUCUGCACGUCGACGUCGCCGCCAGUCGCGGGCGCAGGGCCUUCUUGUUCCGCCGGUGCCGCAGCCGCCGUAGCGGGGGUUUCACCGCUGUCCUUGGGGACCAUUGUCUUCAGGUACACAUCGAUUUGUUCGCCCUCUAGGAUCCGGAAGGGUCCCUCUGGGGGUACAUUCUUCUCGUGCGCGCCCGCAGGCCCGAUGAUGCCUAUCGAGGUGUUAUUAAUUGUCAGCUCCUUAUCCUGCUGGAGCGUCUCCCGAAGGGCGUGCAGGCCGUGGCGGAUGAGCUCUUCGAGAUCGCAGUCCAUGAAUUUCUCGUAGUGCUUCUCCAGGUAGGUCUUCGCACUCUGGCUUCGUGCACCGAUGGACAUGGCAUAGUAUUCGUAAGAGUUUCCUGAAGGCGAAAAUUCGUAGAGGUGAGGUCCUGUCUUGUCACCGCCGAUGACCAGGAAGCCGACUCCGUACGGGCGUCGGCCAUACUCUUGUGUAUUGGCUUGUGCCUUGUCUGCAAUGGAAGACACCAAUCGGUUGACGGGAAUUGGGCGAUUGAAGACCAUGCGCGAGGACAUCGCUUGUUGACGCAUGAAGUUACUCAACACACGAGCAUCCGAAGUCAGGCCGGCAAUAGCAACACCGACAUGGUCAUCUAUCCGGUACAUCUUCUGCUGGUACGAAGCAAGCUCGCCUGUCGACCUCUUCAAAGCAAGCAGAAUGGCGUGCGUCUUUGACCUCAAGCCCACGGCUGCCGAGCCCUGCUUGACGGCCUCGAGAGCAUACUCGACCUGGUGAAGGCGGCCUUGUGGGGAGAAGACGGUGUUAUCCGAGUCGUAUGUGUUACGGAACAUAAUGAAGAAUGGGAAUGAGC